AUACUAAAAUAGUACUUCUCUCUCAAUUAAACCUUUUUUUUUUUUUUAAUUUGACAAAUUUAAGCUUAGAGAGGGUGCGUCGUGCGAGGGUGUGUUGUGUUGACAUCGGCGGUGCUCGAGGAAGAGAAAGAAAAUGGGAAAGAGAGAAAAGAAACAGAGGCACCAUCAACACAGAAGCAGAGGACCUUCUUACUUUAAUACAGAAGAAGAAGAUGGUGAUUUUGACUCCCCACAAAGCUUACCAUCUUCGUCUUUCCUUGAACAAGACCCAGAGCCAGAAGAAGGUGGUUUGGAUGAUGAAGAAGAAGAGGAGGAGGAGAAUAAUGACGCAAAACCAUCCAUUGAUAGUCCCUCAAAGUUUCUUCUUUACCAACAAUCCGUACAGUCACCCAAAGGAGACAUAAGUUAUUUGCAGAAGUUCUUUUUGAUGUAUGUUGGUGGAAGGUUGCCUCUCCAUUUCCAGGAGGAUUUUUGUGGAACUGCUCUUCUUAGUACAGAAUGGCUUCGAAGUGACUCAAGGCGGACUGCUGUAGGAGUGGAUUUGGACCUUGAGGCACUAAAUUGGUGCAUGGAGAACAACAUAAACAGAAUUGGAGCUGAUGGAUAUUCCCGAAUAUCCCUCUUUCAUGGAAACAUCUUGCAACCUUCUGAGGCCAAACUAGUCAGGUUUGAGCCCCAAGAACUUAUAAGUAGCAUUAAACUGAAAGAGCAUGAAGACUAUCGAGAGAGUACUGCGCUAGAUUGUACUGCCCAAGCAGGCUUAUCUGAUUCUACUAGUGAUAAGUUCUUGAAGAAAAACUUUCAGUUACCAGCAAGAGAUAUCGUGUGUGCUUUUAACUAUAGCUGCUGUUGCCUCCAUAAACGAGCAGAUCUUGUUUUGUAUUUCAAACAUGUCCAUGAUGCAUUGUCCAAAAAGGGUGGCAUAUUUGUAAUGGAUUUAUAUGGAGGAACAUCAUCAGAACGCAGGCUAAGGCUCCAGAGGAGAUUUCCAAAUUUCACGUAUAUCUGGGAGCAAGCUGAAUUUGACAUAAUUGAGCGCAAAACAAGGAUUAGCCUCCAUUUUCAUCUUAAGCAGCAGCAGAAAAAACUUCGCCAUGCAUUCUCAUAUAGCUGGAGGCUGUGGUCAUUGCCAGAGAUCAAAGACUGUUUAGAAGAGGCUGGAUUUCAAUCCAUCCACUUUUGGCUUCGUCAGAUGCCAGACAGUGAAGAAAAUAGGAGCACAGAGGGAUUUGGCGUUGGUCGAGACAUAAAGUAUGAGGAAGUCAGAAAUUUUGAACAGGAAGAUUCUUGGAAUGCCUAUAUUGUUGCCGUUGCAAACUAAAAGUAAUUCUGGCUUCAUUUUUUCAAGUUAAUCUUGUCAUGCUAUAUAAAUUGCUACUCUCAGUCUCAGCUAAAGGUUUUGAAAUGAUCACUUCGACUAGAUUCUACAGAGCUGUUUUCUGCCUUUUACUCUGUACUAAUCACUCGUUGGAAAUCUAAUUUUUUGAAUGAUAUUUCAUAAUUUCAAAUUUAGAGCAUAAA